CAGCAAGACCCCUAAACCUGAGGACGAUCACCUGAGAAUGGCUCCCCCACGGAGUAUUGUACCUUCAGAAGUGCGAGUUAUGCCACAAGGUCAGGAGCAGACUUCACCCAGCCGUCUGACGAUUAUUUUCGAAGCCCUUUUCCGCCUUUCCAUCUUGAUUGCGUGCCUCUCAUUGCUUGGAGCUCAGAUCCAUGCGAACGUUUCCAAAUACCUCGGCAGUAGCACUUUGUUAUCUCUCGAGUGGCGUCGUUUCGGCGAGGAAGGGUUCCUGCUGCCUGCCGUCACAUUGUGUACAGCUAUUGACUUUAAUAGCUCCAUACCCCACAAAAGAUCUGACUUUAUCACAGAUUGUCGAAUUUCGACGAAGCCAUGCGCUGCCGACCACGAUGAAACGGUGCGGUGGAGCAUGAUCAGGGAACUGGACAGAGUGUGCCACACCGCCUACCCUCAAAUACCUACGUGGUGGACGACAUAUCAAAUUUAAUGGUUAUUUCUUCAAUCUUAGAUUUGCAGAUGGUGACAAGAGAAAAGGAAAAUUAAACAUUUACUUGCACGAUUCUUCAGAUGGUGAGGCCUGGACGCCGUUCUUCGUGCACGGCCAGAAUAACGUGGAGGUGCCCUUCGGCUCGCUGAUGAAGGUGGAGCUGAACGUGCGCCCAAGACUCUGGCUCAACGGCUACCAGCAGCGGUGCCGUGACGACGCAGGAUACCACCAGCGCAGCUGUCUGAACCGCUGCUUCGGGCGCGCGGUCCGGCGGGCUCUCAACUACAGCUGCGGCCUGGAUUGGUUUCUGGACGAGGGGAGCACCUGCCAGGACCCGGACCAGGCCUACACAAUGGCCAGCUACGUUGACGAGCAGGACUCUGCUCUGCUGCGUGACACCGACUGUCAGCGGCAGUGCCCGCAGCCGUGCCGCCUCAACUUUUUCCACUUCACGCCGUUCUCGCGCACCGAGCGUCCGGUGCUGGCGCGCCACCAGCUCUCCGUGCUCACCCUCUCGUUCCGCGACACCUUCUACCAGCUGACGCGCGAGAAACUCGUCUACGACUCCUUCACGCUAUUUGGAGAGGUGGGAGGCGCACUCAGCCUUCUACUCGGCAUGUCACUCACUUCUUGUAUGGACGGCUCGGCCAGGGCCCUCGACCUGCUGUUUCGGCGACUUCAUCCAUGAGCAUGUAGCUGUCUGCGCCAGCCGCCAGCAAUGACACAUAUGCAGUACAGAAGACAGAAGAUCGCGAACGAAAACAAGUGGAUUUUUUUACCCAUAAUUUCGCUUCAAUUUUACCCGCAUGUAAAUAGAUGGUUGAAAACCAUAUGCCUAUUAAGUAAAUCGUGUUUUUAGCGUGACAAUAAAGAUUGAGCAGUGA